CACCUUGAAACUAGGUAACAGGUAACCCAGAAGGCAAGCCAAGCAUAAAAUUACAGCCACAAACAGCCCCGCAGAGAGCAUCUCAGGAGCAGGGCUACUGGAAUUUUGUUGUUGUUCUUUUCAUCUUUCUUUGUCAAAGGAAGCAGGUGGUAAUAGAGCUCAACCACAGCUCCUGAACUCUGAGAUUUACAGAGCUGUGUCCUCUGGGGUAAGACUAACAUUCUUCCAGGUUUUCUUCCUUUCCAAGAAAACUGACAUGCUGUUUUUCAUAAUAUUUUCAAACUGGAAAAUCAACACAGAGAAACUUUGGUCAUCAGGAAUAGAGAGAUUGCCCAAUGAAAUUAGAGAAUUGAUCAUUAGGAUGCUUAUUACUAAAAAAGCAAUUUUUAAAAGAAGGAUGCAUUAAAAUUUUUCCAAUAUGCUAAUGUGGCACACUCCUCUGCUGCCUAACGGUAGGUGCUGCUAUCAGCACAGGAAGCCUUGUUCUGAGAAAGAAUUAUUCUAGAGGGCCAGAAAGAACAGGUAUUGCUCCACCCGGGUAAACGCUGACUCAACUCCGUAUGGCUGGCGCGCUCUUUCCUUACCUCACCCCUCUUGCCAGGCACAACUGAGAACCAGAAAUAACAGGAUUAGCGAGAGCCGGGGAAAUAUGCAGGACGGUGGUGAUGGGUGUGCACGGGGAGUGCCAACUGGUUUUAAUCGUUAAUGUUCUUCCUCUAUUGCUAGAGAAAACGUCUUUCCUUAGAGGAUGCAUUUGCGCGAGUCACUAUAAAUUCCCUCUGAAACUUGCGGGACGCCGAUUCCGCUCCUGGCCUGGGGCAGGGCGUGGGAGUUUGGAAGCCAGCGCUACGUUCCCUGUGGGAAGAGAUCGCCUCCUCCUCAACUCGCGCCUGGGCACUGAGCUCCUCCCGUUUCGUGGCGCCUCCUCCCCGGAUGGCAAACCCUAUAAAGUGACAGAGAAUGAGGUUCCUCCUGCGGCUCUCCGUUUAGUCCAACUCCGAGGUCAGCGAUAUCCCACGUCCCCCGGAGCAUUGCGUGCAGGAGCCAUGGCGCGGGAGCUGUACCACGAGGAGUUCGCCCGGGCUGGCAAGCAAGCGGGGCUGCAGGUCUGGAGGAUUGAGAAGCUGCAGCUGGUCCCGGUGCCCCAGAGCGCUCACGGCGACUUCUACGUUGGGGAUGCCUACCUGGUGCUGCACACGGCCCAGGCGAGCCGAGGCUUCACCUACCGCCUGCACUUCUGGCUAGGAAAGGAGUGUUCCCAGGAUGAAAGCACAGCUGCUGCCAUCUUCACUGUUCAGAUGGAUGAUUAUUUGGGUGGCAAGCCAGUGCAGAAUAGAGAACUUCAAGGAUAUGAGUCUACUGAUUUUGUUGGCUAUUUCAAAGGUGGUCUGAAAUACAAGGCUGGAGGUGUGGCAUCUGGAUUAAAUCAUGUUCUGACCAAUGAUCUGACGGCCAAGAGGCUCCUACAUGUAAAGGGUCGUAGAGUGGUGAGAGCCACAGAAGUUCCCCUUAGCUGGAACAGUUUCAACAAGGGUGACUGCUUCAUCAUUGACCUUGGCACCGAAAUUUAUCAGUGGUGUGGUUCCUCUUGCAACAAAUAUGAACGUCUGAAGGCAAACCAGGUAGCUACUGGCAUUCGAUACAAUGAAAGGAAAGGAAGGUCUGAACUAAUUGUUGUUGAAGAAGGACGUGAACCGUCAGCACUUAUAAAGGUCUUAGGAAAAAAACCAGAGCUUCCAGAUGGAGACGAUGAUGAUGACACUGUAGCAGACAUAAGUAACAGGAAAAUGGCUAAACUAUACAUGGUUUCAGAUGCAAGUGGUUCCAUGAAAGUGACUGUGGUGGCAAAAGAAAACCCCUUCUCAAUGGCAAUGCUGCUUUCAGAAGAAUGCUUUAUUUUGGACAAUGGGGCGGCAAAACAAAUUUUCGUAUGGAAAGGUAAAGAUGCCAAUCCCAAGGAGAGGAAGGCUGCAAUGAAGACAGCUGAAGAAUUUCUACAGCAAAUGAAUUAUUCCAGCAAUACCCAAAUUCAAGUUCUUCCAGAAGGGGGUGAAACACCAAUCUUUAAACAGUUCUUUAAGGACUGGAGAGAUAAAGAUCAGAGUGAUGGCUUCGGGAAAGUAUAUGUCACAGAGAAAGUGGCUUGUAUAAAACAAAUUCCAUUUGAUGCCUCAAAAUUACACAAUUCUCCGCAGAUGGCAGCCCAGCACAAUAUGGUGGAUGAUGGUUCUGGCAAAGUGGAGAUUUGGCGUGUAGAAAACAAUGGUAGGAUCCAAGUUGACCAAAACUCAUAUGGUGAAUUCUAUGGUGGUGACUGCUACAUCAUACUCUACACCUAUCCCAGAGGACAGAUUAUCUACACGUGGCAAGGAGUAAAUGCCACACGAGAUGAGCUGACGACAUCCGCGUUCCUGACUGUUCAGUUGGAUCGGUCCCUCGGAGGACAGGCUGUGCAGAUCCGAGUCUCCCAAGGCAAAGAGCCUGUUCACCUGCUGAGUUUGUUCAAAGACAAACCGCUCAUUAUUUACAAGAAUGGAACAUCAAAGAAAGGAGGUCAGGCACCUGCUCCCCCUACACGUCUCUUUCAAGUCCGGAGAAACCUGGCAUCUAUCACCAGAAUUGUAGAGGUUGAUGUUGAUGCAAAUUUACUGAAUUCUAACGAUGCUUUUUUCCUGAAACUGCCACAAAAUAGUGGCUACAUCUGGAUAGGAAAAGGUGCUAGCCAGGAGGAGGAGAAGGGAGCAGAGUAUGUAGCAGGUGUCCUCAAGUGCAAAACCUCAAGGAUCCAAGAAGGCAAGGAACCAGAGGAGUUCUGGAAUUCCCUUGGAGGGAAAAAAGACUACCAGACCUCACCACUACUAGAAAUCCAGGCUGAAGAUCAUCCACCUCGGCUUUACGGCUGCUCUAACAAAACUGGAAGAUUCAUU